AUGGCCCAUUCUUCAUCGCGGACAGCGGCGGCAGGCGGUGUGCACGUUGCGCCCUAUCUAACGCACGUCGUCGCGCACCACGGCCAGCUCACUCUCGUCCCGCCCGACAAUGCCGGCAGGAUGCGCAAGAGCAAGGAAAGGACAAAGCGGCCGAAGGCGGGUAGGCAGCGCACGGACGAGUCUGAUGUCUCCGUCGUGCUAACGGGUGCGUCCGAGAGGCUUUCGCAAGAUGUGCGGGCGCGUAUUCAAGACGCCGGAGAAGUAGAACCUGGGCCAAUUCCGAGGCCGUCAGACAGGACGGCAGAGGAGAGAAGGCAGAUCCGCCAGUUAUACGAUAGUGUCAAUAUUCCGGAUUGCCCUCCCCCUACGUUCCAAGAAGCUAUCAGUACGCCGACCUUCCCCCACUUCACUGUGUUCCACAACGGAUCGGCGGCAGCCUUUGCUUCUCCGUAUCUCAACAUGCCCUCGACGCUCUCACUUCCUUUGACAAUCUGUCCAUGCGCACACCCGCCUCCCACUCGUGCUGCAUCCCCGCCACCUUCGCCCCCCUGUAACGGGGAAGAACCGGCCGAAGAUGAUUCUGAGUCUGACUCGGAUGUAUCCAAUAUCGAGGCAAUUGACCGUUUGAGUGCCUCGCAGACGCGGUGGGAGGACGACCGGCGCAUGGGCUUGCCCCUGCACCAAAGAGUGGAGAGACAGCAAGAAAGGUAUCUGGCUGGAGGCGAAGCCCCCGGAUCACCCGUGGCCACCCGAUCUCCCCCACUAAGCCCUUUGCGCUCCCCGCUAUCUCCAACAAGCGAACGGCUCUGUGAGCAUUGUGGUGCUGGUACCGGCGAAUCCUCUAGAUCAAAUCAAGGGUCUCGCGCGGACUUGAGAGCAUCCCAGGACCGCGCAGCCUCCCCCACCGAUGCGGCAAGUGAAGCCAAGCGCCUUGCGAGCUCUUCGAUGUCGAACCUGCUGUCGCGCCGUCUGCUCAACAAGGCUAAGAAAGGACCGUCGCCUCUAAAGGUGUCUGGUGGCCCCAACGACUUGUCCUCGCCUCUUUCAUCUCCUUCCUCGUUUUCGCUCUCUUUGUUCAUUCCUAACCGCCCUUCCUCUCCGCGUCCGCAGAGUCCUACUUAUACAGUCAAAUCCCUCCCGCCGGGGCGCAAGCGAAGAGGCAGCAUCCCGUCUCUGCGGCUCUUCUCCUCGAUGAAGGGCAAGCAGCGCGAAUCCGUCGAUCGGCGCGGCAGCUCUGGAAGCUCUAGUGCUGAGCCCGUCGAGUCCUGGGAGAUCGUCGACGAGGAAGAGGCAGCGUCUGCCGCGUCCCAUGCAGGCUCCUCGCCCUCGCUCGAAAUCGACCUGUGCGCCGAGUUCCCCCUCCCACCUGACACGCUCCCGACGCGCCCCCAAUCCCCGGCAAGUCCCACAUCCGCGUCUGCUACGCAGGCGCACGCGCGCUCGCACUCGGAGCCGGGGCUGGCGAAGAUCAAGCGCGCGCUUGCCUCGGCGUCGACGCUGAACUUGACUUUGGGCACGGGUACGAAGCAGGAUGUGACGUCGCGCCCAUUCAGGGGCCAGCCGACAGUGACUGACGUACCAAGGUCGUCUAGUAUCCGUAAGUUGGGGACCAUGCGCGACCGACCAGUCCCGCCGCUUUCUGAUGCCAAAGAGGCACCCAAGCGUCGUCCACCUCCGCCGCCGCCCCCACAUAGGCAUGCUAUGACUCCGCCCGCCUCUCCAAAGUCACUGCGUCCCCAGGCUUCUAACGCUAUGCGCCUCGAUUCCCCUGUUCCUGCCGCUCAGCAAAGCGGGCCUUCUCAACGAAGACCGGCGAGUCCUCCUGCGUCGCCUGUAUCUCCCCAACAGUCUCCCUCCCUUCGCUCUGAGUCUCCCGCUAUGAGUACCUCUACCAAACGAGGCAAGCCACCGCCCCCGCCUCCCCCGCGUCGUGCGGCACAUAAGCAGCCAAUGCCGAACCCAGCCGAUAUCGAAGUCGCGAGCCCGACAUCCAGUCCGUCAGACUCUUACAGACCAUGGGUCUGCAGGUCGGUCAAUACUGAAACCGGCGCGAUGGAGGGCGCUUCGAGCCGCUCCGAAACUUACAUCCCAACGUUGCCGAGCUCGCUGAAUUUUGCGAGUGGCGCCGGCGACAUUCAGACCGCGGCUGUGACAGAUGCUUCCGCGCCAUUCAGCCUGACACUCACUCGCAGCGCGGACCCGCGCGAGCCCGACGAUCGUGAAACGUUUCCCCCUACCCCUGUUGCGCCUACCGGUGUCUCAAUGCAGACCGGGUCCCGAUAUAUCGAGGAUUUGCGUCCGCCCUCGCCCGCCUCGCCUGUUAUGCUGCAUUAUUCUCAGUUCCCUCCUCUAGUCUCCACGAUGGCUGGUCCAGAGCAGAGACGCUCCCCGCCUAGCGGCUUGGGCCACUAUUCUGCUGCGUCUUCGUCUGCUGCGCCUCAAGCUUUCAGUGUCCCUUCUUCUCCGGUUUCCCAACGUUCUGGUCGUCAUCAUUAUCCUGGCAGGCCGCUCCCUGUUCCUCCCUCGGUGCAGUCGCCUAUAACUGGCGCUUUCCCUAUCUCUGUCAAGGAUGUCGGUCCCUGGCGCGAGGAGAAAGUUGCGCCAGGACCGUCUUCUCAGAAUGCCAGUCCUAGUCCUGGACCUCGCAGUUCUGACGUGUUCUCUGCCCCUCCUCCGAGCUACCGGCCGAACAUCAAUCGCUCUACGUCGACACUCGACCAGGCGUCUUCGUCUUCAUCGAGUGUUCGUGAAGAACCCGCCCCCGCGCCGAAUGUGACAGCCAACCGUGGACUUGCUCCCCCUGCUGGUAGCAGGCCUGCGGCUGAAUAUGUACCUUACACCGACCUGGACGUACUCCUCGAUCGGCUGGAGAUCAGAGACGGCGGCGAUGGGGGGAGCUACGAGGUCCGUACUGCGUCUUCCGAGAGCCGUAGCGUGCGGGGUCCAACCAAUUCUUCCACUCAGGACCUCCUUCUCCUGUCCGACCUCGUGGGCCCGGCGCGCUCUGGUUCGUCGAACGCGAGCGCAGAGAAGGAGAACACGCCCCUUCUGGGGCGCAUCGACCUGGAGCGCCGGCGGGUGACGAAGGACGGGCGGGUGAAGCUGAAGCUCACGCUGGCGGGGGUGCCGGUGGAUAAGUGCGGGAUCUGCCUGUCGCAGUUCAAGGAGGCGCAGUGGGCGGCGCUCGGGGCGGAGUGCCAGCAUGCGUUCCACGAGAAGUGUUUGAGGCCGUGGCUGGCGAGGAAGCAGACGUGCCCGAUGUGCCGCAGCUCGCUCUCGCUAGGUAGCUCCUAGGAGUGGUUUCUGAAGGCGUAGGUCUGGGACCUGCGCUUGCGCUGUGUUUUACAUCUGGACUUUACAACUGGGGGUCAUUUGCGUCGCGUCAUCUGUCUGUAGCAUCUAUCGUCACAUUCACGAGUUCUCCUUGCAAUUGUAAGCAUACCCUCC